AUGAGUAGCAGCGGCGGCUUUUACAAAUACCGCUGCAAGAAUUUUUACUCACACAACUGCCCGAACUGGGUGUGGGUGAACAAUUCGCCAUGUGCUACCUGCAUUGUAAAUGCCAGUGAACGGUCACAAUCGUCAUCAAUGACGUCCCGAGAAAUUGUCACACCUCGUGUCCGAGACGGCAUCCUACAAUACACAAUUGCAGAACUCGUUGCACCAAGUGCCUCUGGAGAAAGCUGGGCCCUCCGCGAUAAAGUCAACGGCAUUGUGGAUGAUGGUGAGCCACCGGAGGCGCUGCCAAUGAUGGGCAAUGCCAUGCCAUUUUCGCAUCGACCGAAAGUCCUCUGGCAGUGGCUCUAG